GCACUGCGCCACACGUGGGCAGAUAUAUACACUCAGCCCUCUGUCUCUCCUUCUCCUCCUCCUCGCUCACAUUCUCUCUUCUCCUCCAUCAGGCAACAUCCUGCUCUCGCCUCCAUCUCCAGCAACCAUGUCCAGCACUGUAUCAGCCUACUCCGACAAGAUCAAAGAGAUGUCCAUGCUGUCUCUGAUCUGCUCCUGCUUCUACUCACAACCACACCCCAACAGCCUCUACCAAUAUGGAGACAUGGAGGUGAAGUCCCUGAACAAGCGGGCAUCCGGCCAGGCCUUCGAGAUCAUCCUGAAGGCCCCCGCUGAUCUCUCUCCGGACAGGCCCCAGCCCCUGCUUUCUGCUCCCAAGAAGGACCUCUCACCGGACGAGCUCCAGAAGAGGCUGGAAGCUGCGGAGGAGAGGAGGAAGUCUCAGGAGGCCCUGGUACUGAAGCAGCUAGCUGAGAAGCGGGAGCACGAGCGACAGGUGCUCCACAAGGCUGUGGAGGAGAACAACAACUUCAGCAAGAUGGCCGAAGAGAAGCUUAACUACAAGAUGGAGGUCAACAAAGAGAACCGCGAGGCCCAGCUGAAUGCGCUGAAGCAGCGGCUCCGGGCGAAGGAAAUCCAUGCCGCUGAGGUCCGUAGAAACAAAGAGCUCCAAGCUGACCUCUGUGGUUGAAAACAUUUUCUACAGUUUUGUCAAGAGAUUCUCAUCUGAUGGGUUUUGGUUGGAGGAAAUGCUACUUUUUAAAAUCUCAAUGUCUCAAAGGCUCUUGCAUUGUUCAGUAUACACUGGUUUCACAAGCUAAAAAUUUACACAGAUUGUUUCUCAUCUCUGUGUGUAUUUUUUUUUUUUAAACGACAAACAUUUUGAAAUGCGAUUCACAGUAGGUCAAAGGUCAGAUUUACUAAACCUUUGUACCUGUGUUAAGACUGCACCUGUGAGUUCAUACAAAGGAACAACAUGAAAACAAUUGAAAAGUUAUUUCUUUGACCUUUUUUUUUUUUUACCUUUUGUUUAAAAUAAUUAUGUUUGGUACUGUCCAGAAAAAUGACCAGUUAAUUUUUGCACUAGUGUAAAUGCUUGGAAAAUCUGUCUGUGUGUCAGACCUAAAAAGCUACUGUAAAAGUGUGGCAUAUGGUGAAAUAUUUGAUUGUUUUGGCACAUGGGGCAGGCGAGAAGAGCUGGUGUGUGUGUGUACAUCUUUACUGUUUGUUUCUGUGUUGGGGAUGUUGGGGAUUUUGUACAGAUGCUAGUUUUAUGCAUGUUCAUGCACACCUUUUCAGAAGGGUGUGUGUGCGCCUACGUCAGAGAGAAAGGAUGUGAGUCGAUUCAAAACAUAGUAGUUCAAUAGGUAAUGUUCAAUUCUCAUAGGAAGUCAAUGUCUACACUGCAUCUGUACUGGGAGUGAAUUUGUUCCACAUAUUUCCAAACUGUCAUUAUCUUGAAAAAUGAGCUUGAGGUCAUAACACAAUCCCUAAUUCUAUUGCAUAAGGUACUUUAUGACAUGGGAGCAGAGCCACGCUAAAUGGACUCAAGAGUUGCCCCUGUGCUAGAGGCUUGCUCAGACCUCGUGAAACGGGAUAAUAUACUAUAUUCAGCACAAUCUACAGGCAAACAGACUAACCUGGCCAUUCAUCAUGUAUAGUGACACCCAUUGUCAGUUUGUGCAGCUGUCUUCAAUCAAACUUGUAAAGUUAAUCAAUUGAGUGUAUAAAAUGGAGCAUAGUCACAUUUAGGCCUCAGUUCAAUAAAGUUCAGUAUUCACGUUGCUGUAGGUCAGGAAAUGAAUUAGGUUACGACACAUAUGUUUAAUUUGCUU